AUGACCAAGAAAGCGGCCAAGGUGGCAUCUCAAGCUUUCGUGGCAGCGCUCAGCGACAAUGACACUUCCUCGGGCUCGGAGGAGGAGGAGCCGCCCGUAAAGAGCAAGACAAAGAAUAAGGACUUCACCGACCUUUGCUUCAUGGCGGAUGACAACAACAAUGACACCAAGUUUGAUCCUUCUGAGGUAUCACCUUCCUACAACCAGCCUUCUAUUCAGGCGAAGUUGCCAGGGUUCGACGCCCAAGGGUUGGUCGACCGGUCGAGGCGCCGAAGUCCCGAGACCACCGAGACCCCCGGGGUGGAUGAGGCGGCCAACGAGGAGGCCACAAGUGGUCCGGCGCAGACUGGUGGCCCAGGUGUCACGAGCGGCAAGCCGCAGGCCAGCAGUAGGGCUGCUGCGGGCAGCAGCCGCCGUACCGGAGGAGGUGGCACCGCUGACAGCGGGGUGGCGACGGCGCUGGAGGACCGGGGGAAGCGCCCCUGGCUCUUUAUUCCUGCCGCCUAUGGGCGCUGCCGAGAGCCAGGGGCGGCCGGAGUCGCCGAGGCUGGCGCCAGCCCUCGAGCCGAGCGCACCCGAGCUGAGUGCACCGGCGGAGCCAGGGCUGGCAAGCGCGACGGCGGUGCCGGGGCCGGUGGACGCGGCGGCGGUGCCAGGGCAGGCGGACGCUGCGGCGGAGCAUUUGGCGCCGUCCGAGCCCACCCCGAGCGUGUCUAG